CCGCGUCCAAGGUGAACGCCGGCAUCGCGCGACGCGGCAGGACCUCCUCGCCCGCCCGCGCUCCCACGAGUUCAUUUGUUUGCUGGGAGAUCUUGGUGACGGAAGGCCCAGGUACUACAUUACGGAACCUGUCUCCUCAAGCGCACUCGUGCGGAUUGAAAGAAACAAACCGAAACAAACCCCGGGAGUGGUGGUGAAUGCAAGUAAUCCCGAGAAAGAUGGGUGUGGAGUUCCAGGCUGGCCGCCGCUAAAUGAUUAACCAUUUAAGAUGGCAUUUCACUGGCAAACGACCGUUUUUGUACCUGGCUAAGACUUGGAUUCCUCUUCCCCCGCCCCAAGAUUCUCAAUCAUGUCUUGAUGGGCUUGACUCUGCUGUGCUGACAACUUUUGGGCAGGAGAAAUGGCUCUGAUGAAAUGGGGGCUGGGAAGGCAGAAGCUUCGUCUGCUGAAGAGGAGCUCCCUGCUGCUGAAACUCCUAGCCAUUGUCUUGGCUGUGCUUCUAGUUUGUGAAUUUUUUAUCUAUCAUUUGGUCAUCUCUCGGUGUGAUUGGCCUGAGCUGAAAACUGCAGUCCAUGGUGGUGGACAGGAACCUGUGCUGAGAGCCAUGUUUUUGGCUGAUACCCACUUGCUUGGGGAAAUAAGAGGCCACUGGCUGGAUAAAUUACGAAGGGAAUGGCAGAUGGAGAGGGCCUUCCAGACAGCUCUGUGGUGGCUGCAGCCUGAAGUUGUCUUCAUUCUGGGGGACAUCUUUGAUGAAGGGAAGUGGAGCUCCUCUCAGGCCUGGGCUGAUGAUGUGCAGCGGUUUCAGAAGAUGUUCAGACACCCAAAUCAUGUGCAGCUGAAAGUUGUCGUUGGCAACCAUGAUAUUGGUUUCCACUACCAGAUGAACAGAUAUCUAGUAAAACGAUUUGAGAAAGUGUUCAACUCUGAAAGGCUGUUUUCUUGGAAAGGAGUUAAUUUUGUGAUGGUCAACAGUGUUGCACUGGAAGGGGAUGGCUGUGACAUCUGCUCCCAAGCAGAAGCUGAACUCAUUGAAAUUUCUCGUAAAUUGAACUGCUCCCAAAAGCAGGUGCAGGGAUCAGGCCAGUGUGGAGGUGGGCAGCAGCUCCCCUUGUCUGCCCCAGUGCUUCUGCAGCAUUACCCGCUCUACCGGACCAGUGAUGCUAACUGCUCCGGGGAAGAUGCUGCUCCUCCAGAGGAAAAAAACAUCCCUUUUGUGGAGAAAUAUGAUGUGCUUUCUCGGGAGGCCUCACAAAAGCUGCUGUGGUGGCUCCAGCCCCGCCUGGUCCUGAGUGGCCACACACACAGUGCCUGUGAGGUGCUCCACGCUGGAGGCGUCCCUGAGCUCAGCGUCCCAUCAUUCAGUUGGAGGAACAGAAACAACCCCAGUUUCAUCAUGGGCAGCCUGACGUCCAGAGAUUAUGCCCUCUCCAAGUGUUUCCUUCCUUUUGAGGACACAGUUCUGACCAUGUACAGUGGAGCAGCUGGUUUCCUUGUGGUCCUCAUCUUAGCUCAUUUUGAGUGUUUAGCCUCACCUUUUCUGUUGGGAUGGAACCUGCUCAGAAUGCACAGGACAAGAUUGAGACUUUAAGAACUGCCCUCAGAGCUGUGGCUGUAUAAGACAUCAAAUGCGUGGCUAUAGCAACUUGAAUUUCUAGGUAUUGUACUCAGCACACUUGGGAUGAUGCAUUUACAGUUCUUGUACAUGUGAGAAAUAGCCUUAUAUUUUGUCUGUCUUAUUUCAAAUAAAUAUCUUAGGAGAUUGAGGCUGUGACUCAGCAGGUGAGCACUUGCCUAGCAUGCAUUAGACCCUAGGUUUACUGUCAACACAGCAAAACAAAAGAAUGAAUAAAUGAGUAAAUAAAGCUUCAUAAUGCUUCACCUUCAAAAGGCCAGUGAGAACUCUUAUCUUCACUCUCCUUGGCCAACCUUUGCUUUUCUCUUGCUGUUUGUUUCCUUGGACAAUGAACCUGGGUCUGGAACUUUUCAUGGGGGUAGGGAACCUUUUUACUGCCACAGGCUGUUUGGGUAUUUAUAGCAUUAUUUUUAGGCCACACAAAAUUACAGAUUCAGGCAGCCUGCCUUGGACUGCAGACCAGAGCUGACAAGAAGCUUAUGUGUACAUCUUAUUGUUUACCAAAUGUUCCCUGUCUGCUCUAAGGGAAUAGCUGGUCUAUUCCUUCCCAGAGAUGAAGAAAUACACUAUCUGGAAAGAAAAAAAAAAUUCCUGGUUCCUUGCAAGAAGAUUUGAUUGCCAUUUGCGCCCUGGAGUUGAGUCCUGAUCUUUGUAGCUCAGGCUCAAAGCAGUAAAAGCAGGUGGCUGUAAGUGUUUUGUGAUAUUAGAAAGACAACCACUGGUAAAGUGUGAAUGAUUUUCAUAUCAAGGAGAAUUUUACAACGUAUCAACCUGGUUAAAAAAAAUAAAUUCUAGAUACUUUCAUCCCCUGUUGUGGAGUAAGUAGCAGGUCAUGUUGACAUGACGCUGUCUAGCCCAAUUAAAAAAAAGAAAAUACCCAGCACAUUUCCUUCACAGGUGGAGCCAUUAUCAAGGCACAGAAGUCUAGGAUUUUUCUCCAGUAGUGAUAGAAAAGAAUAUUACAUUUUGUGGUCUGUACAGUAUGAUAAACUAGCAAUAAAUAAACAACAAAAAGAAUAUAUGAAAGAAGACUAUGCUCAACUAUCAUUAAAGUGUAGAGGGCUUGAACUCAGGGCCAGGA